GGGUCUGGGCCAGGUUCCUGCGCCAUGACCGCGGCCGUGUUCAUUGGGUGCAGCUUCAUCGCCUUCGGGCCGGCACUGGCCCUGUGCGUCUGCACCAUCGCCGCCGAGCCGCUGCGCCUUCUCUUCCUCAUCGCUGGAGGUUUCUUCUGGCUGGUCUCGUUGCUGCUUUCUUCCCUUGUAUGGUUCAUUGCAGUGCAGAUUGGUGGGAGCAACAAUGCAUCAGUAAAGAAAAAUUUGCUCAUCUUUGGAGUGGUGUUCUCUGUCCUGCUCCAGGAAGUCUUCCGAUUUGCCUAUUACAAACUGUUAAAAAAAGCUAAUAAGGGCUUAAUGACUAUAAGCCAGGAGGAAACCCUACCCAUCUCUGUCAGACAAUUGUCCUAUGUGUCUGGCCUGGGUUUUGGGAUCAUGAGUGGAGUAUUUUCUCUUGUGAAUAUCCUGACUGACUCCUUGGGACCAGGCACAGUGGGUAUUUAUGGAGAUUCUCCUCAGUACUUCCUGUCUUCUGCAUUCAUGACUUUGGCCAUUGUUCUGCUGCACAUUUUUUGGGGCAUUGUAUUUUUUGAUGCUUGUGAAAAGAAGAAGUGGUGGGCACUGGCACUGGUCAUCCUGAGCCAUUUGCUGGUAUCAGGUGUGACUUUCCUGAAUCCUCAGUAUGAAGGCAGCCUAGUGCCAUCUUAUAUUAUCAUGAUGCUUAUGGCUACCUGGGCUUUCUUCACUGCUGGUGGCUCCCUUAGAAAUCUGAAACUGUGUCUGAUGUGCAGAGACAAGGACUUCCUUCUAGCCAACCAGCGCCCCAGAUAACCUCUAAGCAUCUGGAUUUUACCCAUCCAUCUCUCUACAUGUUUAGUGAAAGCACAACUGGUGCCUUCUUGACCUUUCUUGAAUGCUAAGUUGAGAUAUAUAUGUAUUCCUGUGUAACUUGGCUUCUUUCAGGCAGCUGUCUGAACUGCACAUGUGAGUGAUGAAUGAAAUCUCCUUAAGAGUACCCAAAAAUUAAACAGUUUACAUGUUAGCUGCUGCUUUAUGCACUAGGUUUGGGCUGAGUUAAUAGAACAAAUGGACACAUAUCAAACAUGGAUAGACAAGAUUUAAAACUAAAAGGGUAUCUGCUAACUUCCGUUGUGAAUUACACAUCCACUUUGCUAUGGAAUUAAUAAAGAUAACAUUUUAUUGUGCCACAA